ACUUUAUGAAUUACUAUGUCCAGUAGCCGCCUGUUCUUGUAGGAGCCUGAAGGUGUUACGCACUGGCGCGCAAUGCUCUCUGCAUACACAUACCGCACCUUACAUUCACUCCCAAGCAUAAGUCGUUCGCAGUUCCCUGCAAUUGCUAGGACAGCGAUGAGAGGGAUGUCGUCAAGCGAACCACGACGAGACCCUUUUCGUCCAGCAAAGCGUGUUGCGGGGCAGAGACAAGAUGUCUGGUCCAUUGUCAAUGAAGCUGCGGCUGCGUCACCAGUUCAACCCAUUGUAAAUAUGGGCCAAGGGUUUUUUGGUUAUAAUCCCCCCAAGUUUGUCAUCGAUGCAGCAAAGGAUGCCCUAGAUAGGGUCGAGUGCAACCAAUAUGCGCCCACAAAGGGUUCUCCCCGGCUCAGGAAAGCUAUUGCUGCCGCGUACUCGCCAUUUUUUGGUCGAGAACUCAACCCUGAUACAGAAGUGGCAAUCACUACAGGUGCCAAUGAGGGCAUGUUGAGUGCCUUCAUGGGAUUUAUUGAAGAAGGAGAUGAAGUCAUUAUUUUUGAGCCGUUCUUCGAUCAAUAUAUAAGCAAUAUUGAGAUGCCGGGAGGAACAAUAAGAUUUGUUCCUUUACAUCCCCCCAAAGAUGGUGCGUCGAGGACUUCUUCGGCUGCGGAAUGGACAAUAGAUUUCGACGAGCUUGAGAGAACCAUCAACUCCAAAACGAGAAUGAUUGUUCUUAACACACCCCAUAACCCAAUCGGUAAAGUCUUUUCGCGGGUGGAGCUUGAAAAAGUAGCUGCGCUUUGUGUUAAGCACAACAUUAUAAUACUCUCUGAUGAGGUUUAUGAUCGUCUUUACUACGUCCCAUUUACGCGCAUAGCUACCUUGUCUCCCGAGGUUGCCGCGCUCACGCUGACGGUCGGGUCAGCGGGAAAGAAUUUCUACGCAACCGGCUGGAGAGUUGGUUACCUUAUUGGCCCCGAGCAUCUUAUAAAGUAUGUUGCAGCAGCACAUACUAGAAUUUGUUACAGCAGCGUCGCACCGUUGCAAGCAGCUGCAGCAGUUGGUUUCGAGAAAGCAGACGAAGUUGGAUUCUGGGACCAGAGCAGAGCAGAAAUGAGAGCAAAAAUGGACAAGUUCUGCGAAGUGUUUGAUGAGCUCGGUAUUCCUUAUUCUGAUCCAGAGGGGGGAUAUUUUGUCCUUGCAAACAUGGCUACCGUCAAGUUUCCGGAAGAUUACCUUUUUCCUCCACAUGUUGCAAACCGUCCCCGCGAUUUUAAACUGUCCUGGUUCCUUAUUCAAGAGGUCGGUGUUGCCGCUAUCCCGCCGACAGAGUUCUAUACGGACGCGAAUGCCCAUAUCGCUGAGGAUUAUCUGCGAUUUGCCGUGUGCAAAAAUGAUGACGUUCUGGAGACUGCAAAAGAGCGCUUGCGUGGGCUUAAGAAGUACAUCGUCCGUUCAUAAUUUUCGGAUGCAAAUACUUUCGGGAUCGGAAGGCUAAAUAAAAACCUUAAUUUUUUGAAAACUUAAUCUACAUCGGUUUGCGUAUUUACCGAGUUGCUAAAAGAUUUUUUUUAGGUUAUAGAAUGUUUUUUUCUGAGCUAUGUCACCCUUCAUAGAAUUUCAUGGGCAUAUCUAACCACAUUGCGUGUAAUUAUUUAAUUUUCUACUC